AUCACACAAUCUCUGAAUGUUUUAAGAUAAUAGUAAUUUAAAAGUAAUUUUAACAUAAUAUCACUGAUUUGUGUGGGAGCUUUGAUGGCAAGAGUUCGAAAGCUGACGAUAAGCCAAAGCGAGAGGUACCUUGGGAGCAACUAUAGUAGUUUCGGUGAUAGUAACGGAAACUCCGUCACCGACGAAUCAGAGCUCACGGAAGAGGACGUCUGGUCACACACCGUUGAUCACAGCCCCGAGGAUACGUCGGAAGCCUUCGGCGGCGCGUGGAAUCCACGCGAUACGGUGAUGAGGAACGGCCGCGCGUGUGGUGGUCUUUCGCUGGCGUUUGAGGACAUGUCACCGUCGCCGACGAUCGUGCAUCAGAUACGCGGCGGCGGAGGAGAAGUUGGCGGUGGAGAAGGAGGAGGAGGAGGAGGAGGACAUGUCCAGCGGCAGCUAGCGUCGUCGGCGCCGGUGAACGUGCCGGACUGGAGUAAGAUAUACCGAGUCAACUCGGUUGAGUCGAUACACGAGUCGGAGGAAGAGGAGGAGGAUGAAGAGUCCGGGGUUAUGCCGCCGCACGAGUACUUAGCUAAGAGCCAAAAGCGGCGGAGCAGGAAAUCUGGCGGCGGCGCGUCGGUGUUCGAAGGGGUUGGGAGGACUCUUAAAGGACGAGAGUUAAGGCGCGUGCGUGACGCGAUUUGGAGUCAAACAGGUUUCUACGGCUAAUUAAGUAGCUUUAUAUAAUUUAAAAAGCAUUUAAAAUUUUCAGCUGAAAAAAAGUUGUUUAUUGUGUAGAAAUAAUUUUGAAACUUUCUUGAAUCCCAAGCGUGAGAUGUAUAAGACUUAUUUGGCUUCCCAUGCAUAAUGUUUUUUUUUUCUUUUUAUAUUUCAAGAACCUCAUGUUCUAUGUUGUGUACAAUUUUAAAAUUUUAUUUCAGCCGAUUAUUUUCAAGAUUAAAUACAUUUUAAUGUCGUUAUAAAUAUCCA